GGAUACUCCAGAGAAAUUAACGACAUCAUCAGCAAGUAUCAUGUAAAUAAGAAGACUAAAUUUUUGCUUACUCUCAGGAAUAUUUAUAUGAACUUCUUCUUGUUGUAAGCAGCCUGCAGUUAGGUAGAUAGUCGUGUUUUGUUUCUUUGCGAUUGUUAAAUAUAUUUGUUUUUGGAUAAGAUGAUCUGGUUAUUUUUGGAUGAGAUGGAACGUUCUAUAAUUAUGUCCUACCUACCAUUUGAACCUCGCACUACCCCCCCCCCCUGACUCCGCAGUGGCUCCAUAGGAUAGGGUCAGGAAAGGGUAGAUAAAAUGAGUGUAGGAAGGCGCACGGGGGACGACGGGAAGAGUGAAAUGGCGGGAGCUUUCCCCUUCCCGGAGUUUCCCGCGUGCUUCCGUUAUUCCCUCUUCCCAGCUUUCAAACUGCCAGCCUACACGGCCAAGGCGGCAGUAAAGGCUCCCAGCGAGGACGAAAAAAAAAUUCGGUGAGCGAAGCGAGCGGACAAACGCGAAACUGAAGAAUUGCUCGGAGAGCGAAGCGAUCAGGGCGGGACUCGGGGCUCGCCUAUUCGCAGGCCGUAGGCUAAUAGCAGCAGCGCCUGUUCGAGUAAUUCACUAAUUAGUGGCGAUGGCUUUAUUUAUGUGCCAAGGAUAAUAUGUUCGAUAUUCGAGGCCAGAAGCCUGUACUUACCGAGGACGCUUAAUAAACAUAUUUAAGAGCGUCACGAUGAAAGCUUUCGUGACCCACUAAGUCAUGCAUCCUGUAUGUCACGUUGACGUUCGAUACAGGGACAUCGUAUGUCAUUCUACAUGACGUAAAAAGUUAGACCGCUGAAAAUGGAGGGUAAUUGGAACGAGACCGAGGAACAGACCGAGGGGGACACCGAGAGGACACCGAGGAGUUGAGCGAGGAUGCCUGAGCUACACGCUGUUCCAAAUCAAGGACGAAGAAACGCCAAGAAUGGCUAGCGUUAAUCUACAGAGUAUACCUAGAGCUGCUUCAGUGCUAGCAGAGAACCUGCAUCUCGACGUGAAUGUUGUUCGUACGGUGAUAACUUUACUAGACAAGGACAACACUGUCCCGUUCAUUGCUCGCUAUCGUAAAGAACAGACAGGGGGACUAGAUCCAACAGUGUUGCGGCAUAUUCAAGCUCAGUAUGAACAGCUCAAAUCUAUCAAGGAACGUGCUGAAUCAGUCAGUAAGAAGAUAGGUGAGAAGCUCACACCAGAAAUUAAAAAGUGUCUUGACAAUGCACUCACCAUGGAAGAGGUGGAAGAAGUGUAUGCACCAUUCAAGAAAGGCAGCAAAGGCUCCCAUGCCGAGAGAGCACGGCAGCUUGGACUUGGUGAACCUGCUGAGCUAUUGUUAAAGAAUCCAGGGAUGGUUCAGCUUGAAAAGCUGGUUAAACCAGACACAGAAGGAAUUAAAGAUGUGAAACAAGUCUCACUUGGUAUACAGCACAUUCUGGCUGACAUUAUUGCCAAAGAUAGUUCCACUCUAAGCUCAAUUAAAGCAAUGUGAGUAGAAAAUGCGGAUCAUGUGACUGUAUUAAAAGCAUCCGAUCCACACCUUCUCAUGCAAUUUCUUGAUGAAACCUAUAAUUUUAUAUUUUUCCUACUCUUUCAGGUGCUUGCUUUAAACAGAGGUGAACAAAACAAGAUUCUCACUGUUAAACUUAUCAUUCCCAAACAUGUGGAAAACCAGUUCCUUUCUCAUCUUCGUAAAACAUGGGUGCCCUGUGAUGCUCCAGGAAAGAUGCAAACGUUAUUCAAGACUUCAGUGGAUGAUGCAUACAACAGACUUAUUAGACCAAAGAUUACCAGGCAGUCCAGGAGUUCAUUAACCAAACAGGCUGAAAAAGAGAGUGUUGACCUAUUCAUGAUGAACCUAUACCGCCUCCUUCUUACCCCUCCCAUAAGGGGAAAGAGUGUCGUUGGUCUAGACCCAGGCUUCUCUCAUGGCUGCAAGUUAGCGGUCCUGGGUUCCACAGGCGAGGUUCUAGAGACAAGGGUGAUAUAUCCAUUUGGAAAAAAAGCAAAUUCUGUACAAGCCAAAAACGCAGUAGUAGAACUUGUUUUAAAGCACAGAUGUGACUAUGUCGCUAUUGGGAAUGGCGUUGGAUGCCGAGAUGCUGAAACAUUCAUUAGCCAGCUCAUCAAAGAACGCGUAUUUGCGCCUCUGGAAAUCGCUUACUGUAUCGUCAGCGAAGAUGGAGCCUCUAUUUACAGUGCGUCUCUAGAAGCAGCAGCUGAGCUGCCAAGCCUUGACACAAGUCUUAAGGGAGCUGUAUCGAUAGGGCGGAGGUUGCAGGAUCCUCUGACAGAAUUGGUGAAAAUUGAGCCCAAACAUUUGGGUAUUGGAAUGUACCAGCAUGAUAUUCCCGAGUCCCUGCUCCGAGGAGCUUUGGAUGGUGUGGUGGAGGACUGUGUCAGUUUUGUAGGAGUUGAUUUAAAUGUCGCCGGAGUCAGUAUGUUAAGGCGCAUAGCUGGUUUAAAUGAUAAGAAAGCGAAAGCGAUUCUAGCGUGGCGAGAAGAAAAUGGCACCUUCACCAACCGUGAGCAGCUGAAAGCAAUCAAGGGGAUUGGGCUCAAAACCUACGAACAGUGUGUCGGGUUCGUCCGAAUAAUGAACAAUUCACGUCACCAUAGCAACGGUGAUGAGCCAUCCGUCAGCGGGCAGCAAAGGACAGCGGUUAACAGCAUCAGUGAAACGAUUGUUGUGUUAGAUUCCGACGAGGAAGGACAGACAACGGUGCGUGGGAAGAAAAGAAAGGGCGGCAGCACCGAGGACGAAGUAAAGAAGAAAAAGAAGAAAUCAGCGAGCGAGCAAGAGUUUUGUCCAGAGCCACUGGACAUGACUUGGAUUCACCCGGAGUCCUAUUCAGUCGCUAAAAGGGUCAUUGAGAUGCUGGGUAUGCUACCAGAGCAGAUUGGUCAGCCAGUGAUGAAAACUGCCAUCGACAAGUUUUUACAGGCUCGCAAGAUUGAAGAAUUAGCGGGAAAGUUUGGUGUAGGCACACCCACAUUACAACAUAUUAUUGAUGGUCUCAAACAACCAACGGAUCAUGACAUACGAGUCAAUUUUCAGAAGCCCAUGUUCAAACAAGAUGUGACCUCACUAGAAGACCUUCAUUCGGGAACCCGGCUAAGCGGCCGCGUCACGAAUAUGACGUCAUUCGGGGCCUUUGUGGACUGCGGUGUCGGCCGUGAUGGCCUGGUACACAAUAGUAGCAUGGGAAGAUUCAAAGGCAAGGUCGGCCUGGGAGAUCUUGUCGAAGUCACUGUUAAAAGUGUGAAUAUCCAGAAACAACACAUCGGUCUGAUUUUAACGGACAUAUCAUCAAGGUUUGAUCCACAGUUGUUAGUCUCCAUCGGAAAUUUAUCUCAAUCGUGCGCGCGAUAAAAAGAAAUGUAUUUUGUUGACGAACCUAGUAAGCAAGGAAAGACUUGAUCGCGUUAAGGUAAUUUGUCAAUAAUGUAAAAAACGUGUCAAUAGUUGAUAUAAAUUAUAUUUAUUAGAGCAAAUCGAAAUUCGAAACUAAGUAUUCGGUAAUAUUGCUAUUGCAUCUGUUGUUGGAAAUAACAAUUCGAAUUUUUGAUAUCCUGAAGAAAACUCGUCAGUAGGUUUCUGCGUAAAUGUUGUGUUACUGCUAUAAGCAAGAGAAAUACAGGGUGUCAUUAAAUACGACAAACGGUCCCCUCA